CGCGUGAUUCGUCUGGAAAAUGCAUUAUGGGAUACUAUUCGAUCGUCGUCUCGCUCAACUCAACGGCAACACACGUACCCAAUGGACAGAAUGGAGGACGCAUUGGCUGUUGCAUGCAUCGCUGUGGUUCUCUUUGUAGCUGCUUGGUUGUUCAUUGAAUUCUGCAGUUUAUGGAAUGGCUCACAAACCCAGCUACCAAAAGAUGUUCGAGCGUUUAGUAAGAUUCCAGGUCCUCGCGGAUUGCCGUGGUUCGGUUCUGUGAUUCAGCACAUAAUGAACGCAAAAUCCAUUCAACAUGCUUGUAUUAAAAAAAAGCUGUUUGAACAGUACGGGCCGAUAUUCAAGGAGACUGUCAUGGGAAAGACUCAUGUUUACAUCCAAAGUCCCGCCGAUCUUGAAGCCGUGUUCAAAGCCGAAGGAAAAUUUCCUAAACGAUCAACCGAUGUAAUGUUAACACUGAAGGAAUACUUUAGAACCAGGGACGUUAUGGAAGCGCCUAUCCUUGAUUUGCUGUAAGUAUUCUAUCCACAGAAUAUUUUAUGCCAACAUGACAAGACCAUGGGCUCCUGAUCCCUUAGUUUCAUGCAAAAAUGCAAUUUUUCGAAUUUUCCAGUUUCGUUUUCACAAAAAACCAAUCGCCCAGAAAAUUCUAAUUUUUUAAGCCACCAGUAGUUAUGCAAUCAGACCGGUUUGUUAUUUAACAAGAAUCGCCCGGGCUGCCAAGGGGCUAUUUUUUCUGAGGGGAGGGGGUGGCUAUACACACUCAGGCUACCAUAAAACCUUGUCGCCGACCAUGAUGAGACAGAAUCUCACGUGAGACUGAAACAUAAACUCAUUCAAAACAUUGUACCCUUUUGAAAGACUUUCGUAACAAAAAAAAUGAGUACCAUUUUUAAGUGGGGGCUGUAUAAUAACUUUUAAAUUCCACCAUUAUGAAUAAAAAUAAACAAGUUAGUCAUUAAUUCUAAGCAGGAAACGAUUUGCAUUAUUUUCACGCACCCCUCCCCAAUCCCUCCGUCUCCCAAAUCUCGGCAUAGCAUGACAGUAUAACGUGCCUAAUUUGACGUAACCGGAUUUUCCAAAAACUAUUGUCUUUCUACGAGUAUAAAAUGAGGAGACAGGGUCAGCUACUCGCCACUGGACUGAUUUACACUAGAAAGAAAAAUUGUAUGAAACCCAGAAGUUUACUAAAACAGACAACCAACUGCCCAUUUAUCCCGAUCCAGGAGCCUCACUGACUGCACUGAGACUUUAAACAGACGGUCCUAAUUUGUGGUCUACAGUCUACAUGAAAACGCACUAUUUAUUUCCACAAGAUAAAAAAUAUUCAGUUUUAAGAUUUCCCUCUUGGUAUUUUUCUCUAACUUUAAGAAAUAACAUCCUUUGCAUUUUGUGACCUAAAAAAGUUUAAAGAUUUCUCGCUCGCAUGUUGCUUCAAUCAGCACGCACUUUAACAAUGUAAAUAGAUGAAAAGAUCGAUAACAUAUAUUUUUUUUACCUGAUACCGAUAUGAGUUAAAAAUUCGCUUGAGGUCGCUGUUUGUCUCACGACACCCAGGACUAACGUUUCUUCAUGGCAGGUAACUAUGCCGCUUUAUAACCCCUCCGAAGUUUUUGUGCCAGCUAAACAGUAUGGAAACACUAUUCACAAAAAGACUGAACGUAACGCACAAUGUGCCCUUGUCUACCUCUGAUCACAUCUGCAAGUAGACUGUUCACAGUCCCCUAUUUUUUCGUGAGAUCGUUUAGAUAUACCGCGUCUUACCGUCACGGGUAUCUUGAUUUUCAAAUGUACCGAGGGGGCGGGCGUCGGGGAUGACAGCUCUUGGGGGGGGGGAGGGGCGAGAAAACCGCCCCCGCCCCCUAAGCAGUUUUGACACUCAUGCAAGAUGGCAGCCCGUAACGCAAAGCGCGCGAUCUCGAUGAUCUUACGGAAAAAUAGAAGACUGUGAACAGUCUAAUCUGCAAGCGAACUCUCUCUUUUCAAUGCACAAUGAUUGACCCUUAUAUUUAUUAAAACCCUAUGGUUCGUUCAUAUUAAAACUGUUUUUGUCUCUCACAUUUACUGUAUUCGUUCGUAUUCAAAACACCUUUAGGAUAAAGGUCGUGCAAGUCAUAUGUAUUAUGUUUCGAGAUAAAUGGAUUAUACUACAUCUCCAUGAAAUGGUACAAUUCAAGAAACAUCAAGAAACAUCACGCAAGCUGAAAAUUUACAAAGGCAUGGUUUUUGAAACUCGCUAAUGCUGACAUCAAUACAUCUGAUAUGUCGUGCUCAAAUCGUCUUCCGAACAGAUACUUUCCGAAAAUUGACGUUGGGUGUCCCUGUUUUAAAACGUGGUAGAAACUUCUUACUUCGAAUUAUAGUUUCUCUUACACGUUUUCUUGCAAAAUCUGCAUAACUGCUUUUUCCUGUCGAUGCUUUUGAUUAUUUUUAAAAGAUAAACCAGUGAGUAGCACGUCUGCGAACUUCUUGAGUUGCAAAAACUGCUUUAUUUUCUCCUACGCGUUUCGUGUGACUAACGCACACUUCAUCAGGGAGUUUUACCACACAACUAAGAAUACCUGUAUAUGUACCUAAAAAACGAACUGAAUUUUAUAUUCAACACAAAACUCCUGCGUACGGAUUUGCGUAUGGGAACUACAAACCUCGUGGUUAUACGUCUAGGAAACGGAAGAAAAAAUAUUUUGCAAGGAUUUGUAGUGUUUUGGGGCCCAUAGUUUUAGCUAAAACUGAGGGGCCACUCACUUCUUUAAUUGGUCCUGCUUUACGAGCGCCGUUCUACAGCACAUGACGUAAAAACUGAUGAAAAUGCACUUGUUUGCUUUUGUCCAAAAAUGCCCCGCACUAACAUGCCCUGCCUUACCCCCUCCCCCCUAAACGUCCAGUUAACGUUAAGCGAGGGUAAAGUGAAUAUGUCGACGGCCCCUUAUAUAAUAUUCGUCUAGCAAUAGAAAAUUUAAACCGAUCUCUAGUUUGAAGAAGGGAAUAGACAGAAAAAUUAAAAAAAAAAAGAAAAAAAACUAACAAACAAGAUAAAACAAAACAAAAUAGCUGCGUUCAUACAAGCGCCUGUAUGGAUCGAGGUUGAUGUGGAGAGACUGAGGAGAAUUUCAGCGGAAUGAGUUUGGUUAGCAAUGUGUAGGGUUGAAUUUGCAAACAAUGGACGUCGAUUUCAUAUUAUUGGCUACCCUGCGAGCAGAGGCUACAUUUUCGAGGUAUGAGCUGGCGUGCGAAAAGUAGCCUCUGCCGACAACCGUUCAAUUUUCUAUCGUGCAUGCGCAAAAUUCGUCACGCGAUUCGCAAGCAACUGGUUCGUCAAAUCUGCGUGAGUUUCGCGGGAAUGAAACUUGCGAAAACUACCUGCGAACUACUCUUCUCGAGCUUUUGUUUUGUUUUUCUGCUUCGCCUCCUCCGGUUUUAAGUAUUUUAGCCGCAAAAUUUCCACGGAUCGUCUUUUUUAGGAAAGUAUUUUUAUGCUAUCAACUGUAGUAAGUACUGUCUGUUUGCGGGGAGCACAUUUUUCCGGCUUUAGUAUUACCUAUAGUAAAACAACGCAAAGUGUCUUUCAGUUCACCCGCAAUUACUAGGCCUCCUCUUGCAUGUCGUUUCUCCUUUAUUUUGGUAUAAUAAUCUCGUCCUUUCUUGAUUCUCCACUGUGUUAUUUCAGAGGUAAUUAACUUCGUCCUACUCUCUACUAUAUCAUCAACUUUUCUCUUUAUGGCCGCUAACUCAAAACCCAUGCAUUUCUCUUUUUCUUCCAGAACCAACCUUGAUUUUUCAUCCUUACAUGUCACUACACCACAAACAGCUGUAUACUCCACAUCUGCUUCCUUUCUUAAAUUAUAUAAUUCAAACUUUAACCGUGCCAACGUACUGUACAGUCUAUCAAUCUUUUGCAAAUCACUUCUUAUAGCAGAAGUAAUAUGGCGAGAUUUCAAAACCUCUGCAUACCAAGUCUCUAUUUCUUUAGGCAUUGUUCCUUUUAAGCACCUUCACAAAAAAUCUUUUUUCACAAGUUUCAAAAUAGCGUUUACACGUAAGUAUUUCUGCUCACGCCUCAAAAUUUUCAAAGAAAACGAACAAUUCUUUGUUCAACAGUAUUCUGCUCGCAGCGCGCACUGGAAAUAGUUAACUUCCCUUUAAAAAUUUUUAAAAAAACUUGACGUAAUCUAUGCAAUCACGUAGCCCAGACGGAUUGCACAAGUUCACUAGUCGUCUCCAUACACAGCGAACUUCGCAACUAAGAUAAGCAUUCCUAACCCUUCAAUCUCUGCAUUUAUCCUAAGUAAAAACACCUAGUAUGUAGAUACCUUACGAGGGAAAAAACAAACCAAAAUUCACUCACCCUUACUACUAUAGACCACCGCAAUGGACACUCCAACAUGCCAAAAAGGAAAACGACGUAGGGUAGAGGUAUGUAGCAGUAUUUUUCAAACAAAAGACAUCCUUAAAUGACAAAAAGGCACGUAGGGCUCAGCCAAAUGGUACCAUAAUGGCGUCGAAACGUGUGGAAACAGGCUCUUUCUCCGAAACCCGCCCCAUUCCCCAUCGGUUUCUUUAUAUUCUGCUAACCCUUCCCCUCCCUGACCUGUUUCCUUGAUUGCCUUCUGAGCUCCUGAUGAGACAAGGCUUUCAACCUUAUGUUUAGAUAGGAUGUUUUUCGUUUUUAAAGAUGAGCUCAUCAUAUCUUAUUUUUCAUAUACACCUGGGUAGCAUAAAAUAACAAUAGUAGACAUAUUAUCAUAGGUAGGUCACUCAUUUUUACAGCUAUCACCAGAGGAAGAAAAAGAAAUCAGAUCGUGCCUGGCGGCCAUCGAAAUGGAAGAGAAAAGAAAAGAAAUAGAGGGAAAAGAGGAUAAAUUGCGGAUGAGGGAAGAAGAAUUAAAACUAAAAGGAAGAGAAAGCGAAUUAGAGAAAAAAGAAAAAGAUUUAAAGGAGAAAGAAGAGAAACUUAAAGAUAAAGCAAAUGAGUUAAAGAAAACCACAAUGGAAGCCAAACGGUUGGCUGCCCAGCUCCAAUUUAUGGCCGGGCAGCUUGACCGUUUGGCAAACCACGUACUUUCAGAAAUGACAAAAUGAAGAAUUAUUUUCGCCGGACAUUAAAGAAGUUUUUUAGUCCGUCAGGUAUAAGUUGAUUUAUUGCAUAAUUAUUUUCUUUAUUUCUCUACAACCAUAAAAAACAAAUUUUUUUUUUUUUUUGUAAUGAUUAAUAUAUUUUAUGUCUAAGAGAAAUUUUGCACAUCUUGUAAGACCAACAUAUAUUUUUCAAAAAAAUACAAAGCCCAAGUGCUGUAUAUUUUUUGCUGUAGUAAAUAAGAAAUCCGUGUGAUCUCUUGUGAAGGAAAAGUUCUCCUCUUAUUGCAAGGUAUGUGCCCCAUCGCUGUCGUGCUCCACUUCCUCUGUUACCCCUGUCUUUAAUCAAUCACUCCUCUCUUUAUCUAUCACUCGAAUCUUGGUCGAUAAAUCCCCUUUCCUAUAACAGCAAUCCUAUAUCUUGAAGCAUUGGUUUUCCUCGACAUCCCUCUUGCCCCCUUUUUUUGCACAGGCAACCUAAUUAAAAUCAGUAAAUAAUGUCAUUACAGGUCCAUAAUACAUAAAUUAUUUCCCCUUAUUCUCGUAAGUUACAAAUUAACAAAUAAUGCAUCCCUCUAAUUCCGUCCCUUUUUGCUGAGGCAACUGAAUUAGAAUUAGAAUCAAAAAAUGUUAUUAAAGUUCUUAUUUCCCAGUUCCCUUAAAUCCCCUUAAUUUAAAAGUUAACAAAUAAUGCCACCCUGUCCACCACCCCCCAGAAAAUAAACUCCUUGUAACCGAGCAGUCUGAGAUCAGAAAAUAUAAUAAACGCCCCAAAAAACCAAACCAAGCCGUGUAAGCAAUCUAAAAUUGGUUUCUAUUCAUGCAAAAACAAUAACAAGGGUGCGUAAUGUAUACUGCAAUGAACCACCGUACAGUCUUGCGGCAACAGAGGUUUUUGCUGAGCUGCACCUGUUAUUGGCUACCUCGUGCCUACUGGACAGAUACCACAAAACUACGCAAGCAGGAUGACGGAGCACUGUAAACAAGCCCCCCGUAAAACGAUGCACUGAACUGUACAUUAAAAUCACGAAAGCAGGAUGUUGAAGUGUUAUAAACAAGCCCCUCGCAACUUGGUGAACUGAACUGAACUGUACUUUGUCGCUUAGCUGUUGUUCUUGUUAUUAUUUAUGUUAUAAGUUUACACAUGAGCUCCUGAGAGACCCCCUCAAAAGACAAAAAAAACAAAAACAAUAAUAAUAAAAAUUAAUAAAUAAUUUAAGUUAAAUAUUAUCAUUAUCAUUAGUAAGCGCAUAUCCAUUCAAAUCCCCUUCUCCUGCCUUUAUGCAUCUGCGACACAAAUAAAGAUGUAUUUAUAGUUGUGACAGUUUCUGAACUCGUGCAAUAGUUGGUGAACUUAAGUGUAAUUUAUGAACUGAGUUGUCCUUACUGAACUAUAUUGUCUUUAUUGAACUAUAAAAACAAACAAAACUGAAAAAUUAUUUAUCGAAAAAUUUUAUUCGAAAACCCAUAAUUUUAUCCUUAAAAGCAAUUCGCGUAAUACUAACUGGAUCGCCGGAUCAUUUCAAGCAAGUAAAAGCUGCCGAAGACAUCAAAUGACAACGCCAAAAUCCGUCUCAAGUCGUAUAAAACAUCUAUGAAACAACUAUAAAUACUUAAAUUUCCAUUUAAAAACGGAACUCCCUUGACCAUUAAUGUGCAAGUUGUACCUGAAAAUUCUUUAAAAACUUUGCCGCUUUGGUUUCUUUUCAGAACAAGACAAGCGUUCCACCGUGAAGAAGCCAACCAGGUUGAAGUACUUGAGGGCGAAUCAGUGUUCAUCUAAAAGCUUUUUUUCUGCUUUUUCCACUAAAACAAAACUUAUCGAUGAUUCUUUUGAACAUUCCGUUUCCCAUCCGUGUCCUAAAACAGUGCAUUUAGCCUUGCAUUGAGAGGCGACACAACAAAAAUUACCGCAGUAUCCAUUUUCUUUUCCUGGCAAAUGAUAAAUUAACGAUCUUUACACGGUCCUGUAAGAAGCACCGGCAGCAGCUUGUUUUGGUAUUCCGACAGCCUUAAAAUACAGAGCUUAUUCAAGUUGUUGACGACGCUCUUUUAAAUACAUAAACAGGGAUUUUUGAAGUUGUUUUGAACUUUUCCUGUUGCUACGUUUGAGCUGCGUUGAUCCGCGUUCGUAUGCGAGAAUUUGGCGCGAAGGGAUGCAUGAAGGCGCAAUAAUGGCCAGCGUUCAUUCCCUGACGCAAGACUCACGCAAUGCUCUAAACCGGUCAAGAACAAGAAAAACCCCGUUUUUUUAAUUUAUUCGUCCAGAUUUCUGGACGGAUUUGAACGGUUGUCAGCAGAGGCUACUUUUCGCACGCCAUCUCAUACCACGAAAAUGUAGCCUCUGCUCGCAGGGUAAUUAUUGGCUUGUCUACCUUUUCAACUCCAGAGAGAAAAUAAAGAUGCCGAGAGACUGGCAAAGAAACAUCGAAUGGUGGGAGAAGGGUUGAACUGGGCAGUUGGCGUGAGAUCGUGAUUUGAAAUUGAGACACUUUUAAUGCUUAUAAGAAACCUUUCGAAGAAACAAGUACCAGCCCCUCUUCAGUCAAAGAUUAGGUCAAAACCACCUUCAAUUUCGAUUUCUGUCCAGAUACAAAUUCUGAGACGAGAUGGAUGCCGAUCCGUCUCAAAAGAAAUAUUUUGUCUUUUAGCACGUCUAUAAGACAUGCUGACAGACGAAUCAAGUGUGGGCCUAACUAUGGGUAUUCCUCACGAAAUUGAAUUUGCGACGAUCGCCAUUGAUGGAGCGACGAUCUCAUCUUCAGUGUCAUCUUGCCAUUUCAAUCAAGUUUAAUAACAUUUAGUUGUCAGGUUCUUGUAGUCGUGCAAUGGCGGCAAAGAAACCUCCCACUAAAAGUGUUCUGCAUGUUCAGAGUUUCUGAAAAAUUAUUUUCUCGUUUCCCUCGUCGUUGUGGUUGUGUCUGAGCUCGCUGGUAGCGUAACCACGCAAAAAAGUCUUGAUAUCUGACGAUUUCCACUGCGGAAAAACCGACGAGUUGAUAGAAAACGCGAGAUGAAAUCGACGUCAGCAGGUACCCUUACAGAGGCUCAAGUGUAGACUAAUUUUGGGCCAAAUUCGUUUAAACGCCUGUUUUUAUCCGUCUUUAGUAUAAAUUUGACCAAGCAAUGGUAGCCUGUACACAAACGUUGCUUUUUUUGUUUUUGUUUUCGACAACCAGCGAGCGCACACAUUACUUUCUUAAAGUCGUUGUGAGCUUAGACUGGUCAUGAAGGAUUUCAAGCUAAGCAGCUGACGAAUAUUUUUUCUUAUGUCAGAAAUAAUGAAGAGUGGGGCCGAGUGCGUAAAGCAAUGGCAUCCAAACUUCUCCGACCCCAGGAUGUUGGAGAGAAUAUUCAAAGCUUUUGUACAAUGACUCGAGAUGCUGUUAGUUAUUUGGCGAAGACCAGGGGAGAUGCUGGAUUUGACAACGAGAUUCCUAACCUCGAAGAUAUUCUUUACCACUUUUCCGCCGAAAGUAAGUACAUUUAUCAGUGGUAGGUGGAGGUCUCUACAGCCUGUUCAAACCCAAUUGGAUUCGUCUACCGUAUUUACUCGAUUAAACGCCCUGUAUGGAAGCAAAAUUGUCAGUAAACGCUGUCCCCGAAAAAACGCCGCGCCCAAUCCGUUGCCACGUCUAUUCGAGGAUUAUAAGACUAAAGUCGGAACAACUCCGUAGUGCACAUCAUGCAGACAAUUACGAUUCAACCUCAGCAAAAAAAGCGAGACAUUGGAACUUUACAUAAUAUCCACAAAUGAUUUAUGGUAAUUGUUGUCAGUGAUUUGAAUACCUAUGCCACCCUUGAAUAGUAAAAAGUUCAAUAAAAUGCGUGGCGCUUAUUGGAAUAAAUACGGUAAUAUGUUUGUAUAAAACUUCUUUUUUCUUUUAUUGAAGCUAUGGGUAUAACAGUAUUUGAUAGCAGAAUUGGCCUCUUUGACGACCCACCAAACAGCAAAGCAAUCGAAAUGGUUAAAGCUAUAAAUGAUUCUUUCAAGUUGAUGGGGAAAUUAAAUGGAGGACUAGAAUCGUUUCUUCUAAAGUACACCUGCUAUAAGACAUCUACCUUCAAAACAAUGUGUGACGUUCUGGACGUCGUUCUAAAAACCAGUUACAAGCUUGUGAGCAAGACGAUGAAGAAACUUCAAGAAAAAGCUGAUGAUGUGGAAGACGAUCAAGGUAAAUGUAAAUGUAUGCUUUGGAGUUUUAGUGCUUAGUUUCGCGAAGGCCUAUAGUUCCUGGACGCCCUGGAUAGGUAGGAAAAUUGGGGUAGGAAUGGCGCACUCUGUGAAAUGAAGCAAGACUGAACGACUUUUUCUUUUAAGCAAUGAAAAUGACUUCCUUGAUGAGUUUACCCAUUUCUUACCCGCACAUUUUCUGAAGGAUAUUUUGCGUGAUGCCGGGCUUUUUUAGGUUGCCGGAAAAAUUCUGCGAGGCAGCCAUUAACGGAUCAGUAAACAUAUGCUUUCACGACCAUGGGCUCACUUAUUUUCUUUUUAUAUAUCUCAGACCCUGUAUUUGGAAUUUUUCUAGUGUAACUAUUCUAAUAGGCUAUACAACUUGAACUACUUUUACAGAUUUUUUCUAGUAAUACCCAGUCUCCUUGCGAUCACUCCGGUAAGAAAAUUUCGUAAAAGACCAACUCUAGUUACGAACAUCAUCGUGAAACCCUGUUGGACAGUGUUAUAAGCUUUCAUUUUUGUGUGCUAAUUUUAGUCGACAGCAAAUCAGUAAACAGCUUUUAUGAUGAAAACGAUUGAAAGCGUGUUUUACAAGGUUUAAGACAUGUGUAAGCUUUAGUCUCAUAAGAGAGACAUUAGUUUAAUGUUAGAAAAUUCUUUCAUGUUACUGAUCUUUCCAGAAUCGACCUGGCUGGAUAUACCUGGAGUAACAAAGCAAUGAUUUUUUCUUUUGCCUAUGUAUUAUAUCUUCCUUUGUUGCCAAAUCUAAACGAGCGAUAAAGUUAUCUUACAUGUUGUUUUUAAUUCCAGCUGUUCCAUUGCUGACGUAUCUUUUAACCAAAAGUGAUUUGCAGAUGGAAGAAGCAACUCUUGGCUCAAUUAUUAUUUUCAGAACAGGUGUUGAAGUGGUAAGAUAACAAUGCGGCAGGAUAAUAAAGCAAUUCUUAAAAAAGUUUAAAUAAUAGUGCGGGGCCGGGGUGUACUCUCUAUAAUGGCUACACGUGGAAGCUCCACCCGAAAGGGGUACCUCUUCAGGCUUCAGGUAUAUGAAAAAGUAGGGGAUUUUACUAGUUGAUAGACUACGAGUAGUUCCCCAUUUUUCCACAGGGAUAGUAGAGCGAGCGAAACGCGAGCGGGCGUGAAAAUCACCCCACGCGAGAAAAGGCGACACGCGGCGGGGAGAGAGAAAAAUGAAGUAUAUGAAAGGGUAGGAAUAUCUGCCAUUUCGGUCUGUAAAAAGCCCAAAAGGGCUUACAGAUGCAUUUUUUGGCUGUGAAAAACUGAGUCGAGCGGAAAACCUUAUGUUUUUGUGAUUUAUUAAUAUUUUAAAGACAGUGCAUAUACAGCAGUCAGAAAAAGGGAUACAAAGUUCUAAACUUGUAGGGUAUGGGUAAGGGGUAUUAUUUUUUAAUCAAUCAAUCAAUCAAUCAAUCAAUCAAUCAAUCAAUCAAUCAAUCAACUUUAUUUAAACACGGUAAAUGGCUCAGCAAGCUGGUUUUCAGACAUGGCGUGUGAUAAUUACAAUUUAUAAAAAUUAAGACUAGUGAUUAACUAACAAUACAAUAUAACAGCAAGAAAUAAGUAUUUUUCGGAUAAAAAAUGAUAAAUUAUAUCCUAAGAUAUGGCGAGUUUAAACCCCCAUCUCACGUGUUUCCCCAGACAGUUGGUUCCAACUUUGUUAAGUUGGGAAAAUGAUGCAGAGAAAAAACCUGUUUUAGGUAGUGGUAGUUGGAGAUCAUAGUUAGAACCCCCAAAUUAUAGUCAUGAAUUUCAUUCUAUCAAACUGCCCCGAAGACACUCGGACAAUCAUUAUUGAAUAUUUUAAACAUCGUCAAUCAAAGUAUCUUUUCCUUCUUUCUUUUAAGUUUGACCACUGUUAAGAAAUUAUUACAUCUGAUGAUCUGAUAGAGUAAUCCCCCCACGUGAUCUGAAAACUGCUGCUUUUUUUUUGAACUUUGUAAUUUGUCGGCAGAUGUUUUGAGCAAUGAUCAACAUCACAACAGUGUAGGGCUUGAAGUUUAUAUCAAAUAGUUUUACGCGAAUUGAUGUCGAUUAGUUUUCUAGCUAAAUACAGAAAGCCAUUAGAGAAUUUGGAAAAUAUGUUCAUGUGAAGAUUCCAGGUUAGCAUUUCAUCAAUAUGAACUUUAAUGGAUAGCAGAAUAAAACCCAUCACAGAGACACUGGUUGUUCUCAAUAAUAAUAUCAACAUUUGGUUUAUUUACCCACGUUAUCGUCUAAGAGCACAAGUGCUCGUUCAAAAUACGAAUUCUAAUCACUAAACCAUGCAUGGACAGACUUAUGAGGACUGCUGGGCCUUUUGAUAGAUUCUCAUCUUUUUGUUUACAAACCACUUUUAAUACCAAUAAUUAUUUUUUGAUAGCUGAAUUUCUUUUACAGUCUGGAUUUUUUUCUCAUAUAUAGGCCGCUACCACCGCCCUUUGGCUCUUAUACGAGCUGGCACGCAACCCUAGGGUGCAAGAAAAGGUGUAUGAAGAAGUAUCCUCAUUAAUAAAAACCAAUGAAGACUUCACUGCUGAAAGCUUUGGAAAACUGCACUACACAAAGGCCUGUGUUAGGGAGACUCUAAGGUAAGGGCCCAAAUUCGAUACAAUCACGGAGCUCCCAGCAGAGCCGGCAUCAUGUAGCUGGGAGUGAUUAGACUUGGAAGUUAGGAGGCGAAUAAAGCACAAUCACAGGUAGCCCAAGCUUAAAAUAUGAGCAUCAGCGAGCAUCGGCAUUGUUGCGUAACAUUCGAAUUAUAAGGAUUUGUAUAAACCUUAUACAAAGAGAGAAAACCGUUUACAGUACAACCAAUAAAACGACCAUUUAUCGGCCCAUGGACCACACAGGAGAGUUGUAACACACAUUUUAUGUAAGGUGAGCUGUUUUUUUUUUUUUUAUUGAAAUCAGUUCAUUUUCGUAGGUUACAGAAACGAUAGUUUUUUCCCAUACAAAUCCUAAUAUUUCGAAUGUUACGCAACAAUGCCAAUGCUCAUAUUUCGAGCUUGGACUACCUGUGGCACAAUGCAACAGGUUUAAACUUUUUGCUUGCGUAGCAGGCGUGAUCUCACCCAGGUUGCUAGGGAUCUUAAAAUUCGAUGACUGCAACGGCAACGGGAACGUCAAAAAAGCAGGGUUAAGAUGAGCAAAAAAACAUUUUUGCAAGUGCAGCACACUUUUUGUACAUUUCGUUGCCGUCACUACACGACUACGACGUGAAAAAUACCUUAUUUAACGUUUUGUGGAGGACGUAAACAAGCCGCUAUGAAAUUUUCUUUCUCUUUCUGAGCUUGGAUAUGGUUUUUAGGAAUUCAACUCCAGGAGAGUUUGCCUACAUUGGACAAAGUAAGUGAGUUUAAACAAUGGCCAUGAAGAUCGAAUGAACGUGAUAUUUUCGCUGCCGUCGCCGUCCUCAGAUCUUAAGGUCCCUAGUAACGUCUACGAAGCAACGACGAUACCCCUAUUCUAGGCCUCUGAUGGACCCAUCCGAAAUGCGUUUCGAAUUUCCCUUGAACCUGAUUGGCAAACUGACAUUGGCUUUUUAACAGGAAAAUUACUUAAAUAAACAUGUCUUUAUGUUUUGCAUUUUAAAACUCUAACAUUUUAGUUGUUUAAUAAUAGAAACUGAAUACUCCUUUCAUCUUAACAGUCAUUUGCGUUGACUCAGAAUAGGUCACUCACUAUGAUUUUUAGCAACGUGAGGUCACUGUGGCCGACAGUUUUAUUUACAAUGGCUGAAUUCGCGACUGAAAAAAGCGAUUGUCGCGGAAAGCACGCUUUUGACAAUUGUACUGAUAUCCAAUUAAACACCGACAAAAAUUCUUAAUAUAAAAUACUAAACUGUAUACUUCAUAUUUAUCGGUCUCUUCGAUCGUGCAGGUUAUACCCUGAUCCAGGAUUUUGGUCACGUGUUCUCAGCAGGGAUGCAGUUCUCGCUGGUUACCAUAUUCCCGCGGGGGUAAGUAUCACAAAAAAUAAGGGUUAAUGAAAACAUAGUUAGGAGAGGGGCAAAAAAGGUAAAAGGUUUCAAGAACAAAACCGUGAAUGAAACUAAGUAAGAGAUAAUGUGGCACUUGCAAAUAACGGAGAUUUGAGUGUUGGGGCGUCGAACAGCUUAUAGGAGCCUCAAGAUACACUGUUUCUUCUUGCCGUUGCUGGUAGAGGAAAAUGUUUUACUUGGUUUUAGGAGACCUUGUUUUGCCAGCUGUGGAUAUGCCAGGCAGCCUAGCCGAAGAGGCGACUCUAAUUUACCUGUACCCGUAAACCUUAAACCGUAAACCGUGCAUCUUAAUGGAUCUGUGACAUGAAAUUUAUCAAGAAUUCCACAAACGGUGGCAACUGCGUCCAAAUUGCCGAGUGAAACCUAAACUUGAAUAACCCCUCAAAACAUUUAAAGAAGGUUAAAAUAAGACAGCAAAUACAAAAGCCGAGUAGACACGAAUGAACAAACUUGAAGAAGAUUAAAACAGACUGCGGCAAUUGUGGUUUUUUAAAACUUGUCAGCCUAACAGUUUGUGAAAGUUCAUUUUUGCUCUUUUCAACAUUUGAUAAGGUUUAAUAUAAUGCUUCGAAGGCAUUAUUUGUUUGAUUCAAAGCUGUGGUUUUGUCAUCCACAAGUAAUUUUUCAAGUCCCGCAGUGAACAAGAACGAGUAAUUGGCAACAAAAUGAACUAGACAGCUGUAACUCAGCCCCUUUGAGGUAUCUAAUAAUGGAGAAGUUUAGAAACGAAUGUGGAAAACUUUGUCAAAAGACAGUACACUAAUUCGCUCAGUUUAAGACGAACUACAUUUUUCUUUCUAUCUAGGCAAAAGCGGUUUUAAAAUGUUAGUGUCUUCAGAGAAAUGUGUUUUUUUGGUAGUCCUUAAUUAUUUAAUUAGGCAUAUUUAGCAGUUAAAAAACCCCAAGUUCUUUUCAAAUGCGACUUUUCUUAGCUUUCUAUUCAGCUUUGAUGUGAAACUUGUUUUAGACCCCGAUUAGGUACUCCAAUUAUCUGUCUGGACAUUCAGAAGAAAUUUUCUCAAAUCCUCAUGAAUUUAAACCUGAACGUUGGUUGAACACGGAAGAGAAUGGCCCUCACCCUUAUGCAUCAAUUCCAUUUGGCUUCGGGCGACGCAUGUGUAUAGGUAGGUGACUUUUUAUCACACAGAUUUACUGCUUUUGCUUCGUCGCAGGUCUCCCUCUUUGCUCCAUAUGCGGCGCGAGUUGUCGCCCCACGUAAGGGAAUCCAAUGUAGUCUUGGACUGGAUUCCACACCAUGGAUUCCGGAUUCCAGGUACUGGAUUCCCGUCUUUGUCAGUGGAACUAGGAUUCUGGAUUCCUUGAGCUGCAUUCUGGAUUGUAAAACCCAGAAUCCCGCAUUCCACAAGCAAAAAUUUUUUCCGAUUCCGAAUUCCUCAAGCAAAAUUUUGCCGAUUCUGGAAUCCGGAUUCCCUUACACGGGGAAGCGUUGUGUCUCGAGAAACUGUGCUUUCUAUUAUUCGCAUUAAAGUGGCGCCUGGAAUCUAGGCAGCACAGGAUUUUGUCUCUUGUUUAUAGUCACUCAUUAUUACUGCUUUUCUUACCGACUUACCCCUUUUUCUAUAUAGGACGACGCGUAGCUCAGGCUGAACUCUGCCUUUUGGCCGCAAUGGUAAGGAGCUGAUUGUGGAAUUGUAAACAAAUUGCGAUGACUGUUGUAGCCUGUGUACCUUGCGGAAUUAUUGUUGCUCGUGCGAAAGUUUUGGCGGCAAUGCCGCCACUCUUGCACAGCUUUGCCGAGAGAAGCGAGCGCCGAAUAACUGCGGAAUAACUGCUUGGGAUUUCAAAGCGUCUCCCCCGGCUCAAUUCCCAGCACGUCUUCGCAGCUCCUCUACUCUAAAAAUUUCCUCGCGCAAACGAUUCCGUCGGCUACGCAGGCUAUGAUUAUGGAAGUACAGUUUAGCCAGCAUAAUGCUACGUUUAGGGUAUUUAGUAUUUAUGUGGGUUGCUGUGUGGAAAGAAUCUGACAUGCAACUGAUCUCCGAACAGUCCCAUUGGCAGACCCAAACCAAGGCCCGCAGGGCCGUGGCUCCCAGCUAUUUCGUUUCAACCAAAGAGCCCCCCCCCGGUUCUCCCAACUGUUUCAGUUCAUAAGUAACUUAAAUAUCCCUCGAUUCUAACUUUCAGAUCGUCCAGCGCUUUGUGUUGGAGUUCCACGAGAAGCCAGUUGAAAUAACAAGUGAAUUCGUGCUGAUUCCUGAUCGACCAAUGAGAAUCAAGUUCCUAGACCGAGAGUAAUUGACGCUGCGUAACCUGCGAACACAACCGUCCCUUGCGACCUCGUUUUCAGGGUCUUUUCUAGCCUGCAUAGCAGAAAAAAACUAUCGGCUCCUGCCACGAAACGAGCCACGUAGGCUACGUAGGUCUUCCCUUUUUCCAAUAAAACCGAGAAGCCUCUGGGGACGAGGUUGCCGUUGCUAGACGUCGGGGUCUCAAGGGAUUUUAAUUUUGAUAAUAUCUAAGUCAGUUCGGUCGCAUUAAAAUUUUGAUGUUUUCUUUUUAGUAUGUGUGUCACAAAGAAGCGUUGAUACUGGGAUACAUCUUUGUAUGGGGUUUUAGGGGGACUUAUCAACUGAGGGGCCUAUAAUAUAUAAUUAUAUCCCACUGGGUUUAUAACCGGAAAAGAAAAAAUAACAGCUGUGCUAAUAAAUAUUCGUUUUGCAUAUACUAGUUUUUAAUAAGGCUUAACCUCAACCUCAACUUGGUGGA